AUGGAAAUAAGUUCUUUUCUUUAUGACAAUUUACCUCAACCUUAAGAAAAUCUUGAGUAAAUUUCAGAUGAUUGUCAUCUAUACAUAUCUAAAUCGAAUUACAAUAAAUCAAUAUUUAGAAUUUAAAGUCCAGACCCAUCAAUUCAAGAAGACUGUUUCUAUAAUGGAAACGAUUAAUCAUUCGAAAUUAAAUAAGGAGAAUUUCAAUUUCUUAUUGAUGAAAAGAAUGCAACUAAUAAAGAAUAAUAUAAAGGUCCUACCAAAAAAGCACAAAAGACUUAGAAACUAUUCAAUAAGAGAAAAUUGAAAAAUGGACCACUAUCAGAAACAGAAUUUAUAGACAUUAUGAAAAAACUAGAUCAAUGUCAGUAGGUGAUGAAUAUGAUAGAUAAUAUGACCAUUAUUUUAGAUAAAUUUAAAUGCUAGUUGUAGCAAUAGAAAAUCAAAAGGAUUGAAUGA